AUGCUGGAUCUCAAUCUCGAGGUCGAGUCGGCUGAGUCUACUCAGAACGGACGAGAUUCAGCUGCUGUGAAGGGGGUUUCUGGUGGUGCUUUAACUCAGAUGGAUGAAUCGGUGACGUCGAACUCGUCGGUAGUCAAUGCGGAAGCGUCGAGCUGCAUCGACGGCGAAGAGGAGCUCUGCUCAACGCGCGCCGUCAAGUUUCAGUUUGAAAUCCUGAAAGGAGGCGGCGGGGAUGAAGACGACGAAGAAGAGAGAAGUGCGGUGAGGACUAAGGAGUUUUUUCCCGUUGGAAACAGCAUGAAUUUUCUGGAUUCGAGCGCGCAAAGCUCCAGGAGCUCCGUUGAUAUUUCCUUCCAGACGGGGAAACAAGACGGGGACUUUGCCGGCGGGGAAGCUGCUCGGGUGAUGCAGCCACCGUCACAGCCGGUGAAGAAAAGCAGGAGAGGGCCUAGGUCAAAGAGUUCUCAGUAUAGAGGCGUCACUUUCUAUAGGAGGACAGGCAGAUGGGAAUCGCAUAUCUGGGAUUGUGGCAAACAAGUUUAUUUAGGUGGAUUUGACACUGCCCACGCUGCAGCUAGGGCGUAUGACCGAGCUGCUGUCAAGUUCCGGGGUCUGGAGGCUGACAUCAAUUUCGUUAUAAGCGAUUAUGAAGAGGAUCUCAAGCAGAUGGCGAAUCUUUCGAAAGAGGAAGUUGUGCAAGUACUUCGGCGACAGAGCUCUGGCUUCUCGAGGAAUAAUUCAAGAUAUCAAGGAGUUGCUUUGCAGAAGAUUGGCGGGUGGGGAGCUCAAAUGGAGCAGUUUCAUGGAAACAUGGCGUGUGACAAGGCAGCCAUACAAUGGAAUGGAAGGGAAGCUGCUUCUUUAAUAGAGCCUCAUGCGUCCCGGAUGAUUCCCGAGGCAGCUAAUGUUAAGCUCGACCUCAACUUGGGAAUCUCUCUUUCACUGGGAGAUGGUCCAAAGCACAAAGAUAGGACUCUCCGGCCUCACCAUGCCUCUAACAGUAUCAUAUGUGGAAGGAACUCCAAGAUGGAGAACCACAUGGCUGCAGCGGCAGGUGAUACGCCUUUCAAUUUCUUGAAGAGAGGUUCUGAACAUCUUAUGAACCGCCAUGUCAUUCCUUCUGCCUUCUUUUCUCCCAUGGAAAGAACACCUUUGACACGUUCUCCUCAAAGCUUCCCAGCCAGGACAUGGCAAAUGCAAGAUCAGUCCAGUGGUGGAACCGCCACGACAGCUACAACGUCGACACUGUUCUCAAAUGCAGCAGCAUCAUCAGGAUUCUCACUCUCAGCAACACGCCCUCCUUCUUCGUCCACUGCUACUACUCUUCAUCCUUCUCAGCCCUUCCUCAAUCUCAACAUGCCCGGUCUCUAUGUCCUCCACCCAUCUGAUUACGCAUCUCAACAACAACAACACCACAAUCUCAUGAACCGCUCACAACCACCACCACCAUAG